AUGUUAUCUCCCGCGUCUUCCCUCAAAAGCUCUCCAGCUGAGCGGCUCUCGACGGACGCAGCGGAAAGUGUGACGAUGAUGCGUGUCAUGAUGCUAGGCAAAUCGCUGGGUGUUCGAGAUACUGCUGGUGACCAGGGACACGCCUCUUUGCUAGUGCAACCGCCUAAUAAGUCCAUGAGUUUGAGUCUUAGGUUUCGCUGGCACUUCGUUUGA